AUGGAAGGAGGGUUAUUGGAGUGUGGAAGAAAGUGCACUCCAUCACCUUUCUUGUUGAAGACAUAUAUGUUGGUGGAGGAUCCGGGGACCGAUGAGGUGAUAUCGUGGAACGACGAAGGAACCGCGUUCGUGGUGUGGCAGCCGGCGGAGUUUGCUCGUGAUCUUCUUCCAACACUCUUCAAGCAUAGCAAUUUCUCUAGCUUUGUACGCCAACUCAAUACUUAUGGGUUUCGUAAAGUUGCAACAAGUAGAUGGGAAUUUUGCAAUGAAAAAUUCAAGAAAGGUGAAAGAGAGCUACUAACUGAGAUUCGGCGAAGGAAAGCAUGGUGCAACAAGCAACAACGUACGAUACAAAACCAAGAUUCUGAUGAAGAUCAAAGGUCAUCAUCAACCUCGUCAACUUCGGGAUACACUAAUCUUGUGGAUGAAAACAAGCGACUGAAGAAGGAAAAUGUGGUGUUGAGUUCUGAGUUAGCAAGCACGAAAAGGAAAUGUAAGGAACUACUUGAUUUGGUGACAAUUUGUAACAAGAGACAGGAAGAGGAAAAGGCUAAGGAUGAUGAUGAAAGGCCAAUGCUGUUUGGAGUGAGAUUGGAUGUUCAACAAGGAGAGAGAAUGAUGAAAAGGAAUAGAGCUGAGAUUAGUGAAAGUGCAAGUAUUUUGUUGUCACAAUCAUGCAAAUAG